AUGCAGAGUGUGGUUCGACUGAAUAGGAAUCUGCAAGUAUCGGUGACAGCCACCACCGGCGCAUCGCGUCAAAUAAAUUACUAUCAAUGCACUCCCAACUCCACACAGGGAAAUAUUUAUGAACAAUAUACCGAAACACACAAUAAGGGACCUUGCAACGUGAUGAUGGGUGAUCACACACAACGUAAAAGUGAGAGCCAAAUUAAUGAUCUGGAUACUCUAACUAGGCAUAUGAUACAUGAAGUGACGGAUGUAUUCGCCAGCAACUGCAUCAAACCCUGGGAAACAGAUAAAACAAAAUCGAAUACUAUAGGAACAAUCAAGGCGGAACAAUUCGUCCACGUAGCCAGACAACUAGGAUGUGUAUUCACGGCCCCUGAGACUCGAGCAAUAUCACGUCAGCUGAGGAAACAUAAUAUUCAACACAUCAAUAUCGAUCAAUUUGUUCAGCUCAUUAAUAACAAGGUCAAGCAGGAUCGCAUAGAAAUAGAUCAUGAGCCAUUUGUGACGCCCAACGAAAUAAUAUCGAAAAAACUCGAGGAACUCUAUGAGGUUCUAGACUGGCAGAAACAAAACAAAUUGACAACAGCAGAUCUCAAACAUUUCCUAGGCUCACUUAACGACGGGGAAUUAGGACAAAAGGGAUACAUCAUACUUGGCACUCAAAACACUACACAAAUGAUUAAGGAGACCAACUGCCAGGACGAUGUCACAUCGGAACAACUAACGAGACUCCCAAGGAGCAAAAGGAAACAAAUCGCCAAAGCAAAAUCCAGGGAGCGACGCAAGGAAAGACGGCGCCAAAAACGACAAGAACACAAUACACAGCAAAGUAUGGAACUUCAACAGUUCCUAGCACAAAUGACCGAGGAAGAACGUGAGCAAUACUUUAUGGAAAAGCGUAAACGCUAUGAAGAGUGGAGGGCUGGGCAAGACGCAUAUGUACAGCAAGCCCAUGAAAAUGGCAUGCCCAUAUGUGUCAACUUCACAUUCGACGAUAUGAUGGAUGAAAAGGAGUCAAAAAGUCUCGCCAGGCAACUUGCGCAGAUGUAUAGCUGGAUCAAGAAGAAACAGGCGAUGGUAAAACUUAUCUUCUCCGGAUUCAAAACGGACACCACGAUAUACAAACAUAUGCAACUAUAUAACGUGGAUAACUGGAAGGUUCACAAGCACUGUGAGGAUUACUGGGAUAUAUUCGAGAAGGACAAACUAGUCGUCCUAACGCCAGAUGCCGAGGAGUACAUGGAAGAGAUAGAAGAGGGCAAGGUAUACGUCAUUGGAGGCCUGGUUGACGUGAAUGUAAAAAGGAAUAUCACGUUAACUCAGGCACUGCAGCACGAUGUAACUACCCGAGCUCUGCCAAUUAAGAUGUUUAAACGUGCUUACCUAUAUGCUUGUACGGCGCCAGCUCCGGACGAUGACGACGCACAUGAUGCUGACGUCACGGAAAAACCAGUUAAUGACCAAACAAAUCGCGUGAAAAAAGCUAAAAGGCAAAGCCAAAACGAACAGGUAAAGGAACCUGAGUCGAAGGGGGAGCCGCAAAGUGGCGGCAAAGUCAAAAAAUGCAAGCUGUGCAAGGGCAAGACGUUGUUAAACCAAGAAGCCGUGAACAAACACCUAGACAGCAAGGAACAUAAGAAGCGGCAGAAGAAAUUUGAAAAGGAGGAAAUAGAGGCCGACAAUACACGACGCCGUUUUUUACAACGCAUGGAAUCAUUGCAGAAGAAGGCAGAAAUUGAAGAUGACGAAUAUAUAACAGAUGGAAACAAGUCGGAAGACCAAUAUGACUAA